AUGAUUAAUAAGAAACAGAACCUCUCGUUGAAGUUAAACAAGUCCUUGGGCAAUAUUAUUCCGGACGGACCGUUCACACCUUUGGACCAGACAUUGAAAACGCCGCUCGAUUGCAAUCAGCAGGCUAACUACUUUCAGGCACCUCCAAGACAAGAGAGUAUCUAUAGUCAUCCACACUACAAUGAAUCAGACGAUGUUUUGACUGAUAUUGAUGAACCAACGCUGGGAACAUCGAAGACGACACAACAGUACACGUUAAACUUCACUAGCAACUUCGACCAGUUGGUCAUGUCGGUGUAUUCUCAUAUCUUGUCAUUACCUACGACAACGCCGUUCCUGGGAACAACACCUCCCAGUGGACUAGUGAGUAAGGUUGCCAACGAGACCAUGAGCAGUUUAAUAAUGCAUACCGCGUCAAAUAAUCUGCCGGCAUUCGAUCAACAAUCGAUCAUUACCAAUGACUACUUGAAAAACAACGCAUACCAGCCGAUUUUCUUGCAGUUGAUACGAAAGAGAUUAAUAGAAUUAUGCGCAUAUCAAAACUCAAGGGAUAAUAACAUAAAUAAAUUGCCAAAUUCUACGACAGUAUCGAUUACUGUCAGUGGAAGUAAUGGCGCUCCAUACAACAAUAAUAUCAGGCAAACAUCGAUUUCAAAUUUGUCGUUAACCGACUUGAAUAUCUCCAACUAUAAUUCUAACAGCUCAAGCAACAAUAACUUGAUGAGGUCGAGAUCAUCCUCGUUAAACUUAAGGAAGCAAUCGUUGACAAGAAAUAACUCCUGCAACGGAACCAACUGGUUGCAUGUGGGAAACAUAAACAAUAUAAGGCAGCAAAAUGACAACAAUGCUCCUAUGCAAAACGACUCGAUGAAUGUGAGUUCUGAAUCUUUACAAUCUAUGCAAGACUAUGUACCUCAAUCAUUUAUAACUAGAUCAGCCGGUAAUACGCCAACCUCAUCAAAUAAUGCCACGACACCCAACAAUGGUUUUAAUUCCAUGAUGAUGGGUUAUCAAACCCCUCCAAAUUCUAACAAGAGUUCUGUUUCUAGUGGUUCGACCAUUUCUAGCUCAAGCACAAUUCCAAAUCAAAAUAUUCAAAUUGUCCACAAUAACAAUGGUGGAACUAAUUCAAAUGAAUUAGACUACUUCAACUUUUCCGGAUCGAGGUCAAGGUCCGCAUCCCGUAGUGGAAACUCAUUCCCAGGACCUUUAACCAUAAAUACUGACAACGCUAAUUUCCAAGCAUUGAAUUCCUUAAACGGUUGUGAUGGUGAUACCUUAGACUCUCCAUUUAUGUCUGCUACAACCCCAUCUGAGGAGUUUGGGUAUUUCAAUCAAAGUAAUGGCUUCCCAAAUAUACCGGUAGAAUCAAGUAAAGACGGAGAUGCCCCUUCUAACUCUGCAAUAUCGUCCAACCCAAAGAAAGAUUCCAUUCAUGUUCCAAGUCAAUUUGGAUUGAGUGAAAAGAAACGAGAUUCACUCAAGUUAAAGAGAGGUAUACAUUAG